GGGGCACAGGGUGUGGUGGAGGCACUCCAGUGGGACUUUGUAGUAUCUGAGCAUUUUGGGUAACAGGGCCAAGAGGAUCUGGGCUUGUCCCUUUUGGAUUCUCCGGCAGGCAGGGUAACGGUCCCCUGAUGUGCUGUCGGGGUGGGGGGAGAGGCUGAUCAGCAGGGUGGAGAGCUCUGUCUUCUCCCCUCUCGGUGCCUGUGGUGGCUGGUGUCAGGACUGAAGUCCGCUCUAUCCAUAUUGAGGAAGAGGUGGAGCGGGGGCUGCUGGAUGCAUGACUCCCCCAAAAGAAUCAAAUCAAGGUCCCUGACUGGUUCAGUGAAGGUGUGUGGGGGCAGAGAUUCAACAUGAACCGGUACCUCCCAGUAGCCCGGCAGCAUUUUCUGGCUGUGCUGGCCAGCACCAGUGUGGUGGUGAAGUCCAUCUGUGCCGCUGUCAUCCUGCUCUACCUUCUAUCCUUUGCUGUGGACACGGUGUUCGGGCUUGGCGUGACUCCUGGUUACCUCUUUCCACCCAACUUUUGGAUCUGGACGUUGGCCACACACAGUCUGGUGGAGAAGCAUGUCUGGGACGUUGGCGUGAGCCUGGCCACAGUAGUGCUGGCUGGCAGGCUGCUGGAGCCCCUGUGGGGAGCACUGGAGCUCCUGAUUUUCUUUGCAGUGGUGAAUAUCUCAGUUGGGCUUCUGGGAGCCUUUGCCUACUUUCUCACCUACGUGGGGUCAUUCAAUCUCUUGUACCUGUUUACCGUUCGCAUUCACGGCAUGCUGGGCUUCCUCGGUGGGGUCUUGGUGGCCCUCAAGCAGACCAUGGGUGACAACACUGUCCUGAAGGUGCCCCAGGUGCGGAUGAAAGUGGUCCCUAUGCUCUUACUCCUUAUCCUGGCUGUUCUGAGGCUGACCACCCUAAUUGAAAGCAACCUAUUGGCCUCUUAUGGCUUUGGGGUCCUCUCCAGCUGGAUCUAUCUUCGUUUCUACCAGCGGCACAGUAGGGGACGUGGAGACAUGUCAGACCACUUUGCCUUUGCCACGUUCUUUCCCGAGAUCCUGCAGCCCGUGAUUGGUUUGGUGGCCAACUUGGUGCAUGGCAUCUUGGUGAAGGUAAAAGUUUGCCGGAAAACAGUGAAGCGUUACGAUGUUGGUGCUCCUUCAUCCAUCACCAUCAGCCUGCCUGGAACAGACCCGCAGGAUGCUGAGAGGAGAAGCUCUGGGACAGCAAUAACACUGGCGCAUGUUGCUGGUUCGAGCGCUUCCUCUUCCUCCAGCCGACCCAGGUUCCAAGUGCUCUCUCAUUCGCUGGCGUCUUUCAGACAACUUGCCCUGAAGGCACUGAAUGAGCGGUUGAAACGCGUGGAGGACCAGUCAGCAUGGCCCAGCAUGGAGGACGAUGAGGAUGAGGGAGGUCCCAAGGCGGACAGCCAGCUGCUCCCUGAGAAGAGCCAAAGCAGCCGGGAUGCCAAUGCUGCAGGGAAAGGAGCCAGCCAGGAGUCCAGCCUCAUCACCUUUGAGGAUGCCCCCCCUCAGCUGUGACCUGUGAACACACCACCUCCCUUAUCAGAGUGAUCCCUUCUAUCUUCUCUCAGUCCUGUCUGCUCCCCAGUAAUGCUGUCUGCAGGGAGCAAGGGGACACCUCCAGCAAUCUCAAGAGGAGAGGGCUACCUCAUUCCAGCAUUUAAUAGCCACAGUCAGCUGAUGCCAUGUCUCUAGACUGUCUCUGGGUGGUGACCGUUAGCCAAUGCUGGCUUCUUGGAAGGGCUCUCUCCUGCUGGGGCUCUGGUUCUCAUUUGCUUUCUUCAGUGGUGAUGUGAGGUUCCUCAAAGACACUAAGCAGGGGUGGGCGCCAACCACCAAGGGGGGGUGGACUCACGUGUAUCUCUUCAGCACAGGACAUGGACUAGUCUGUCCAGAGAGGCCUUACACUGGCCACCUCUGCCAGUAGCCACCACUGGGGCUAGCUGACUGUGUACGCCUCAGUGGUGGCCAUGGCACUGUCUGGGCGGAGGCACUGGACUCAUCCGGCCUCAGGAUUUGCCCUGUGCGUGGUUGGUCAGGUCCCAGUUUUGAAGCCUGUGUGCUAGACCACUAGAUGACCCUCACAGCAUCCCAGAGGGCAAACUCAGCAAGUGAUACAGCACUUUCUCUCUCUUACUUUUGUGGUGGUGGUUGUUAAAAAGUACUCUGCAGCUUCCUUUUUCCCUUUCAAAGUUAGUUUUGUUACUGAUCGGAGGAGCAGGAAGUUUUUCUUAAUCCCUUUGCUAUAUUAACCCUUUCCCCUCUGGCCCCAAUUAUCCGGCAAGAACUGACUACAAUAAAUUCCUGAGUUGGGAAUUUGCCAUGAUCAUUAGAUAAGCCUGUUUAGCUACAAAGUAAUUGCUUAAUACCGCCCCCUUGCUGCAGCUGCCUACUUUGAAUUAUUGACUGGAAAGUCUGGGGCCACAGAGCUUUGAGCCUAGUCCAUGGACAUACAUCAACCCUAGUCUUUCUGUGGGUGUCCUAGAGGGGUUUAAUUUUAUUUGUGUUAUUGCUACUUUGGUUUUUCUCUAAUUUCUUUCGCAGUGAUUUAAAUUGUAACACAGCCUCUGCACUGAGUAGGACCUGCGCAUUCACUGCUGCUUGGAUGAAUCAUCUGUGCAUUGAUUCUUUGUCAGAUGGCAAAUCUGUUUUAUGGUGGGGCUCUUGACAAUUCUUCCAAUAUCUGCUUUUUUCCCCUCCCUUUGAUUAAAAUGUUGGUUUCCUCUCUCCUUUUCCCCUCCUCUGUGCUGAUGGGAUUUUUUGGAGAGGGGUUGUGGGGGCUUCUCUGGAAAAGCUUUCCUUGAGAACCAGCCCCCCAAGACUAUACCACUCCAGCCUGUGUACUUCCCUGGGAGGCAGCUACCAAAUUGAGGAGUGUGCGUGUGUGAUGACUUUUUUUCUUAAAAGGGCCACACAAGAAGGUUUUGUCAACCGAGAAAUAAACAUACGGGAAUUUCAGUAUCAAUAAACAAUUAUUUCAAA